GGCCAAGGACGUACCACAGAAUGCUCAGCAUGGAUAUCAGAACUGGUGGAAUUUAGGGUGGGGCGACUUCCUAUUUCGCUUCUAGAGCAGUCUUGGCCUCCCCUAGUCGCCGUAGAAGGGGUUGGGCUUGGUGUUCUCCCGCCAAUUUAAACCUGUGGCAAAGACCCUAAAGACCUUAGGAGCGGUUGUGGGCGCCCGGAUGCGGGGGAGUUGUCAUAGGGAAGGCAGUGAUUCCUGAACAGGAAAACAAUCUCAGAAGCAUGUGGAAUGAUAUUGAACUGCUAACAAAUGAUGAUACAGGCAGUGGGUACCUAAGUGUUGGUUCAAGAAAAGAACACGGAACCGCUUUAUAUCAAGUAGAUUUACUAGCAAAGAUCUCCUCUGAAAAGGCCUCAUUAAAUCCAAAAAUACAAGCAUUCAGCUUAAGUGAUGGGUUUAUUAUUGUGGCAGAUCAAUCGGUGAUACUGUUGGACAGUAUUUGUCGAUCUCUUCAGUUACAUCUUAUAUUUGAUACUGAAGUGGACGUCGUUGGCCUGUGUCAAGGAGGAAAGUUUCUUUUGGUUGGGGAGAGAAGUGGCAACUUACAUCUUAUUCAUGUAACAUCAAAGCUAACAUUACUCACCAAUGCUUUUGUUCAGAAAGCUAACGAUGAAAAUCAGUGUACUUACCGGAAUCUUGUUAUUGAGAAAGAUAGUUCAAAUGAGGAUACCUAUUAUAUGCUGCUUCUUACAAACAAUGGACUUUUUUGUAUUACGAACCUUCAGCUUGUAAAAAUUCAACAAGCGAUUGAAAAGGCAGACGUCAAUACAGCUAAGAAGUUACAAGGACAAAUCAAGUCCAGCUUUAUUUCUACUGAGAAUUAUCAUACUCUUGGUUGUCUCAAUCUUGUGGCUGGUGAUUUAGCAAGCGAAAUCCCUGUGAUAAUUGGGGGAACUGGCAGUUGUGCAUUCUCAAAAUGGGAGCCAGAUUCUUCGAGGAAAGGGAUGACAGUUAAGAGUGUUAUUGAUUCAGAGAUUAUCAAAGGUGCAAAGAAGUUCCAGCUUAUAGACAACCUGCUUUUUGUUCUUGAUACCGAGAACGUGUUGAGCUUAUGGGAUGCUUACACCCUAACUCUCAUAUGGAACUGGCCUGUCCUUCAUGUAGAAGAGUUUCUUCUCACCACAGAAGCGGAGUCGCCUUCAUCAGUCACCUGGCAAGGGAUUACAAAUCUCAAAUUAGUGGCUCUGACAACUACUACUAAUAAGAAGAUGAAAAACCUCGUGGUCUAUUCAUUACCUGCAAUGGAAAUACUGUAUUCUUUGGAAGUAUCUAGUAUUUCUUCUCUGGUCCAAACAGGAAUUAGCACGGAUACCAUUUACCUUCUGGAAGGAAUUUGCAAAAAUGAUCCAAGUCUGUCUGAAGACUCAGUCUCCGUUUUAGCACUCAGAUGUCUUACAGAAGCUUUACCAGAGAACAGAUUGAGUCGGUUACUUCACAAACACAGAUUUGCUGAAGCUGAGAGCUUUGCCAUUCAGUUUGGACUAGAUGUUGAGCUUGUUUACAAAGUAAAAUCAAAUGAUAUAUUGGAGAAACUAGCUUUGAGUUCUCUGGACACCAGUGAGCAAACUGAAUGGCAAAAACUUGUAAAUGAAGCUAAGGAAAAUCUACAUAAAAUCCAGGAUGAUGAGUUUGUGAUGAAUUACUGCUUGGAGGCUCAGUGGAUAACCUAUGAAACCACCCAGGAAAUGCUAAAUUAUGCCAAAACCAGGCUUUUGAAGAAAGAAGAUAAAACUGUUCUUGUCUAUUCUGAUGGCUUAAAAGAGGUACUAAGGGCUCAUGCAAAAUUGACUACUUUUUAUGGAGCAUUUGGACCAGAAAAAUUCAGUGGUAGUUCUUGGAUUGAAUUUCUGAAUAAUGAAGAUGACCUUAAGGAUAUUUUUUUACAGCUAAGAGAAGGAAACCUUUUUUGUGCACAGUACCUCUGGCUGAGACAUCGGGCAAACUUUGAAAGCAGAUUUGAUGUGAAAAUGCUUGAGAACUUGCUCAACUCAAUUUCUACACCAGUCUGUCUGCAAAAACUUUGUCCAUGGCUUAAAAAUGAUGUGGUCCCAUUUGUGAGAAAGACCGUACCUAAAGGACAGAAAAUUCUUGCAAAAUGGUUGGAGCAAGCAGCCAGGAACCUUGAAUUAACUGAUAAGGCAAACUGGCCAGAAAAUGGGCUUCAACUGGCAGAGGUAUUUUUUACAGCAGAAAAACCAGAUGAGUUGGGAUUGACAUCCUCUUGGAGUUGGAGUUCCUUGGAUAAUCAGAACAUGGAGGAAGUAUGUCAGUUAAGGACUUUGGUAAAUAACCUUCGAGAAUUAAUCACACUGCAUAGGAAAUACAACUGCAAAUUGGCCCUCUCUGAUUUUGAGAAGGAGGAUACAACCACCAUUGUAUUCCGAAUGUUCGAUAAAGUGCUGGCCCCCGAGCUUAUUCCUUCCAUCUUCCAGAAAUUUAUAAGAGUUUACAUGCAUGAACAUGACUUACAGGAGGAGGAACUUCUCCUUUUGUACAUAGAGGAUUUACUGAAGAGAUGUAGUUCAAAGGUCACCUCACUCUUUGAUACAGCCUGGGAAGCAAAAGCCAUGGCAGUAAUAGGAUGUUUAUCUGACACAGAUCUCAUAUUUGAUGCUGUGCUCAAGAUAAUGUAUGCCGCAGUGGUCCCCUGGAGUGCAGCUGUGGAGCAGCUGGUGAAACAGCACUUAGAGAUGGACCAUCCCAAGGUCAAGCUAUUACAGGAAAGUUACAAACUAAUGGAGAUGAAAAAACUUUUACGAGGCUAUGGAAUAAGGGAGGUGAAUCUCUUAAACAAGGAAAUAAUGAGGGUGGUCAGAUACAUUCUCAAACAAGAUGUCCCAUCUUCUUUAGAAGAUGCUUUGAAGGUAGCUGAAGCAUAUAUGUUGCCUAAAGAUGAAAUCUACAGUCUAAGAAUUAUUGACCUGAUUGAUAGAGAACAGGGUGAAGACUGUGUCCUUCUGUUGAAGUCUUUGCCUCCUGCUGAAGCUAAGAAAACUGCAGAAAGAGUAAUCAUAUGGGCACGACUGGCAUUACAGGAAGAACCAGAUACUUCUAAUGAGGACAAGGCCUGGAGACUGUCUGUAGCGAAGACAUCAGUAGACAUUCUUAAAAUACUUUGCAACAUUCAGAAAGACAAUCUGCAGAAGAAGGAUGAAUGGGAAGAAACCUUGAAACAAUUUAAAACUGUUGCUAGCUUACAGGAGAACUUUGAGGUCUUUCUUUCAUUUGAAGAUUACAGCAAUAGUUCCCUGGUAGCAGAGCUCCGGGAGCAGCACAUUAAAGCUCACCAAGUUGCACAGGCUAAACAGAAACCCCGGAGGCCAGCAGAGCCCCGGGCCGCCGAGGAGCAGAGACCGAGCGCCGAGUCCAAGCUGCACCGACAGGCUCUGACCCUGCAGGUGUCCAGGCGAGAGCUGGAAGCCGAACUGACCUUGAGGGCCUUGAGUGAUGGGGACGUGGAAGCUGCAUUGAGAAGAUGCAGGGACUUGUUUAAAUAUCACUGCAACGCUGACACUGGGCAAUUCUUGUUCCUGAUGUGUCAGAAGCUGUGUCACAUGUUGGCCAGUGGCGUUCCAAUGACAGUACCUGUGGGUCUGAAUCUCCCCUCCGAGAUACACAACCUUGCAUGCCAGGCUGCCACCAUCUGCAGUCCAGAUCUGAUUCUGGAUUCUACUCAGUGAAGAGGGUAUCUGUGUCCCACAGUGUCCUUAUCUAUGUGUUUUCUGUACUCUUUGAUAUAGACUUCUUUCGGAACUCAUAAGGAUCCAUAUGAGGAGUGGUCUUACUGUGACUUCUUCAGUGAAGAUGGAAUAGUUCUCGAGUCACAGAUGGUGCUCCCUGUCAUCUAUGAAUUGAUUUCAUCACUUGUACCUCUGGCUGAAAGCAAGAGAUAUCCCUUGGAUUCUACAAGCUUACCAUACUGCUUCACCAGUGAAGGAGACAGCUUGAUGGUACCUGUUAUCGAUUCCAUCUCUGCCUUGCUUCAGAACCUUCAGGAAUCUAGCCAGUGGGAACUGGCCCUAAAAUUUGUGGUUGGUUCCUUUGGUACCUGCCUUCAGCACUCUAUGUCAAGCUUCAUGAAUGCCAGUUUGAGCGAAAAGAAGUUGUUUGAAGACGCCCCAUUAGUUAAAUCCAGGCAUGUUGUUAUGGAAUUGAAAGAGAAAGCUGUUAUGUUUAUCAGGGGAAAUGCCACCACGCUCUUGUACAAAGUAUUUAAUUGUCGCCUGGUGGAUCUCGACUUGGCAUUGGGGUACUGCACUCUCUUACCACAAAAAGAAGUCUUUGAGAAUCUCUGGAAACUCACAGAUAAAGCAUGGCAGAAUUACGACAAAAUAUUGGCAAUAUCUCUGGUGGGCUCUCAGCUGGCCAGUCUCUGUCAGGAAAUAGAAACGAAGUUUAAGUUCUGUGAACUCAGUACUGAUGCCUGGUGGGGUAUUCGCCUUAGUAAACUUGGUAUUUCUUUCCAGCCAGUUUUCAGGCAACAUUUUCUCACCAAGAAAGACCUCAUCAAAGCUCUCGUGAAGAAUAUAGAUAUGGACACAAGCGUCAUUCUGGAUUAUUGCAGCACGUUUCAGCUGGAUGCUGAUGCGGCCCUUCAGCUGUUCAUUGAAACACUCCUCCACAACACGAAUUCCAGCCAGAGCCAGGGAGACGUGAGCACAGGACCCACAAAGCAGCAGCGUUCCAAACUCCUGGCCAAAGCCCUCGAAAUGGUUCCUUUACUGACGAGCACAAAAGAUUUGGUCAUCAGUCUUAGUGGAAUACUGCAUAAGUUGGAUCCCUAUGACUAUGAGAUGAUUGAAGUCGUCCUGAAAGUCAUAGAAAGAGCUGAUGAGAAGAUAACCAACAUUAAUAUUAAUCAGGCACUAAGUCUUCUGAAACACUUGAAGUCAUACAGAAGAAUUUCUCCCCCAGUGGACCUAGAACAUCAGUAUAUGUUGGAGCACGUCAUAACUUUGCCAUCAGCUGCCCAAACCAGACUGCCUUUUCACCUAAUAUUCUUUGGCACGGCACAGAGCUUCUGGAAAAUUCUCUCUACAGAACUCAGUGAAGAAUCCUUCCCAACCUUGCUCUUAGUUUCUAAAUUAAUGAAGUUCUCUCUGGACACUCUGUAUGUGUCUACAGCCAAACACGUUUUUGAAAAAAAGCUGAAGCCCAAGCUCCUGCAGUUAACACAGGGUAAAUCCUCAACAAUGAUUAACAAGGAGAUAUCCAAGAUCACUCAAACCAUCGAAUCCUACCUGUUGUCCAUAGUUAACCCAGAGUGGGCCGUAGCCAUCGCCAUCAGUCUUGCCCAGGAUGUCCCAGAAGGUUCCUUCAAGAUGUCCAGUUUGAAAUUCUGCCUCUAUUUAGCCGAGAGGUGGCUUCAGAAUAUCCCAUCUCAGGAUGAGACACGUGAAAAAGCUGAAGCUCUGUUGAAGAAGCUUCAUGUUCAGUACCGGCGAUCAGGCACGGAAGCUGUGCUCAUAGCCCACAAGCUGAACACUGCAGAGUAUUUAAGAGUGAUUGGAAAACCAGUACAUCUCAUUGUCAGUCUGUACGAACAUCCCAGCAUCAAUCAAAGAAUUCAGAAUUCAUCUGGGAAAGAUUAUCCUGAUAUUCACACAGCUGCUAAAGAAAUAGCUGAAGUCAAUGAUAUUAAUUUGGAAAAAGUCUGGGACAUGUUGUUGGAAAAAUGGCUGUGCCCGUCCGCCAAACCUGGUGAAACACCAUCAGAAUUGUUUGAACUUCAAGAAGAUGAAACACUACGAAGAGUCCUGUAUCUCCUUCUGUCUCGUCCAAUUGAUUAUAGUUCAAGAAUGCUGUUCAUCUUUGCAACAUCAACCACAACCACGCUCAGGAUGCACCAGCUCACGUUCGCCCACAGAACUCGAGCCCUGCAGUGUCUCCUCUAUUUGGCUGACAAGGAAACUAUAGAAUCUCUCUUCAAAAAAUCCAUCGAAGAAGUGAAAUCUUACUUGAAAUGUAUAACUUUUCUGGCAUCAUUUGAGGCGCUGAAUAUCCCCAUCACGUAUGAAUUAUUUUGCAACAGCCCUAAAGAAGGAAUGAUUAAGGGUCUUUGGAAAAACCACAGCCACGAAUCCAUGGCAGUAAAGUUGGUGACUGAGCUUUGUUUAGAAUACAAAAUCUAUGACCUGCAGCUUUGGAAUGGACUCUUGCAAAAGCUUCUUGGCUUCAAUAUGAUUCCUUAUCUAAGGAAGGUUUUAACAGCCAUUUCUAGCAUCUAUCCUCUGUGGCAGGUUCCCUACUUCAGCAGAGCUUGGCAGUGUGUGGUUCAGAUACCGCUGCUUUCAGCCUCUUGUCCUUUAAGCCCCAGUCAGCUGUCAGAUUGUUGUGAGAGUCUCAUUGCUGUUCUAGAAUGUCCAAUUUCAGAUGAUCUCGACAUGAUCAGAGUGGCCAGACAGUAUAUCCAGUUAGAGCUUCCGGCUUUUGCAUUAGCGUGUCUAAUGCUUAUGCCCCACUCAGAAAAAAGGCACCAGGAAAUAAAGAAUUUUCUGGGCUCGUGUGACCCUCAGAUCAUUUUACAGCAGUUAGAGGAGCAUAUGAAUACUGGCCAGUUGGCAGCGUUUUCACAUCAAAUUAGAAGUCUAGUGCUGAAAAAUAUCAUAGAUAAGAAAGAGUUUGGGAUUUUGGCAAAGACAAAAUACUUCCCAGUGUUGAAAUCACACAUGAUGAAUACCAACAACAUCACUGAACUUGUAAACUAUUUGGCAGAUGAGUUGAGUUUAGAUGACGCUUCAGUCUUUAUAACUGAAUAUUACAAGCAUUGUGGGAAGCCCAUACCACCAGGCACCACUCCCUGUGAAACUCUGAAGAUGUUUAAUGGAUCCUAAUAGAUCAAACUUUUUUCAAGAAGAACAAGAAGUUUGGAAUCUGUUAAUAACUGACACUAUUUAUUACAGUUUUUAAAUUGUGCAAUAUGUGUGCAAUAGCUAUUGUCAAAUAUUCCCCAAGAAGUAAUAACUAAGAUGCUUAAUAACAGCAGAACUGCCUCAUAAACAAAAUGUCCCAAAUUAAUAAAUCUUUUCCUUGCCAGUUACGUGCAUAACUUGUAGAGACUCUUAUCAGUUUUUUGGUACUCUGUAUGAAGAAAAGUAUUUUGCUCUCCCCAUAAGUAAAGCAACUGCUUACAUCCUGUCUCUUCCACUUAUGUAGGUAAGAAUAUCAGUCUCUUUCUCUUUUUUUUUAAGUCUUUAUUGAAUUUGUCACAAUAUUGUUUCUGUUUUAUGUUUUGGUUUCUUGGCCACAAGGCAUGUGGGAUCUUAGCUCCCCGACCAGGGAUCAAACCUGUGUCGCCUGCAUUGGAAGGUGAAGUCUUAACCACUGGACCAUCAGAGAAGUCCCAGAAUAUCAGUCUUUUUAACGUCAUUCGAGUAAAUAUGUCUAUAAUCUUUGCUGCUGCGUGUAUCCGUCAGUGGCCAGCCAGAUGUACAGAAACCACUCUAGAUAGUUGAAGCAGAGAAGGAUUGAGUGUCAGGAACUGAUUACAGAGGUGUCAAGUGGACUGAAGGCAAAAGGGAGAUGAAGAAGGGGCACUGGAGAAGCCGAAGGGAAUGGGCUAUUAGCCUAAUAUCAGAACGUGCCUUUGGGGACUUCCCUGGCAGUCCAGUGUGAAGACUCAACGCUUCCCAUGCAGGGGGCUUGGCUUCCAUCCCUGGUUCAGGAACUAAGAUCCCACAGCAGCACAUAAAGUGGGGGGAAAAAAAAAAAAAAACUGCUGCUUUGGCUCUGAGCCGGGGUGCCGCUGUUCCAGAGACUGAGCCUCCUCCCCCUGGCACUGCUGCCCACGCAGCCCUUGGUCAUCCUCCACUAGUGCUUCACUGCCAAGCCCCCUCCAAUAGGGGGGCAAAAAAAGCAGCAUUUUGCUUUCAGCAACCUUCUAAUUCCCAUGCCUAUGCCAAGAAAUGACAGAGCUAAACAGAAGCCAUCUGGCAAGGAGCCUGAGAGAUGAAGGCUGCAGGCUGUAAGCCCCUGGCAGGACAGGAAGGAAGCUGGCUGGAAGGGCUGCGUGAAGCUAAAAACCUGCAGCAGUACCCAGCACACAGAAAUGUUAAUCACACCUCUUUUGGUUCUACUUGUGAAUAAACUGAAGCUGAUAAUACUAGAAUUCAUUUGCCUUUGUUUGGCUUGUGGAGAAAAAUAUUUCUGUAUAGGAAAGUCAAUGUAAUAUAAUUAAAAACACGGGUU